AUGGCCACUGUCUCUCACUCACUUCUACCUUUGCUUUUCUUUGCAAGAGUUUCAGGGCUUGCAGUGGCAGUGCUUGUUCUCUUUUGGCCUCUUGCUUUCAAGUCUAGCUUUCUCACUCCCUCUCUCUCCCAACAAGACCUCAUCUAUGCUGUCCUUCAUCCUCUCCUCAUGGUCAUUGGGUUUAUUCUCUUAAGUGGAGAAGCAAUUUUGGUGCAUAGAUGGUUACCUGGGUCAAGGGGCUUGAAGAAAUUGGUGCAUUUGGGUCUUCAAGGGGUGGCUCUAGCUUCUGGGAUCUUUGGGAUUUGGACAAAAUUCCAAGGAAAGGAUGGUAUUGUGGCAAAUUUCUAUAGCCUACAUUCAUGGAUGGGUUUGGUUUGUGUUUCCCUCUUUGGAGUUCAGUGGUUGAUGGGGUUCCUGAAUUUUUGGCACCGAGGAGAGAUGCGGAGGGUGAGGAUAAGGAUCUUACCAUGGCAUGUAUUUCUUGGUCUCUACACUUAUGCAUUGGCAAUAGCAACAGCGGAAACUGGAUUGCUAGAGAAGUUAACAUUCUUACAGACAAAGAGAAAUGUACCCAAACGCAGCACUGAGUCCAUGUUGGUUAAUAGUUUAGGCCUCGCUCUUGCCCUCCUUAGUGCCUUUGUUAUUAUGGUUGCUGUUUCCCCUAAGUAUCAAACCCUGCAAACCAAAUUUUUCUACUCAGAUACCACUUUCUCAUCUUAA